AUGCCCAGCAACCUUACCAAUGAAUCAAGGAGUGACUUUGAUCACUCCAGGCAUGACAAGUACUCUACUACGGCAGUUGAAAAUAGCAAGAGCUCUCAGAAUGGACCUUCACUCAACCAGCCAAUGUGUGCUUCUGGUGAUUCAGGUGAAAAUGCUUCUUCGUCGCAUCCAUUUCCAGGUUUUUCUCUCCUGCAGUAUAUGAGCGAAGACAUCACUGCCCCUGGUAUCAAAGACCCAUUUAGGGGGCGAUCGUCAGUUGAUACUUCACAACAUCUCCUGAAUCAUGAGCUUUUCAUGCUUGAGAGUGCCAUUGCCAUUACCAGUCCCAGCACUCCCGAUGGAAAUUGUUCCACCGACUUGUUCAACGUCAUUUCGAAUACCCUUGACACGCCUUUCCCUGCUCACGCCUUUGAGCCAACUCCGAUUGGCCCAUUUGUCAGGAUAUCAAGCCCCGUCCAAUCAUCGGACGAGACGAGAUUUGAAGUUAUCGGUUCGGCUAUUCCAGCUCUCAUUUCCGAUUGUUCACUAGAUGGAAGCCAAGGCCAUCGAGAAAUCAGUGUGUCUUCGCCAACACCAUCUUUGCCCACCUCACACGGAAGUCUAGAAGAGAGCACCCGUUCCGGCUCAUCAAUGACUGACUACAAGCGCAACUUUCACUUCAUGGACGCCAAUGUCAAUGAAUCUCCCAAGAAAAGAUCAAAACGCAACCCUUCAAAGGACAAGGCUCCAUUGUACCGUCCUUACCAAGAGGUGCAAUGGGCAGAAAAGUUCCAAGAGCUCUUGAAUUUCAAAGCACAAAAUGGGCACUGUCUCGUCCAACACACCUCCCAAGGGGGCCAAGAAUGCGACUCCGGCUUGUCUCGAUGGGUGAAAAGACAGCGCUAUCAGUACAAAUUGAAACAGGAAAAGAAACCUUCGGCCCUUUCAGAUGAACGUGUGCAACAGCUAGAGGAGGUGGGUUUCGUCUGGUAUUCCCACGCCGUGAUUUGGGAAGAGCGUCGACUGGAGCUCGAGCAGUACAGACUGCAGCAUGGUCAUUGCAAUGUUCCUUCCCAGUAUCCCGAGAAACCAAAACUAGCCUCUUGGGUAAAGUGUCAACGUCGGCAGUACCAAAGAUUUUGCAAGGGGGCGCGAUCAUCAAUGACCGCAGAGCGAUUUGGGAAGCUGGAUAAGAUGGGGUUUACUUGGCAGGUACGAGGAAAGAAAAACUCUGAUUCUCUUGAGUUUUAA